AGCGAUACAUGUGCAGGGAGAGACUGUGACGCAGCCAUUCCAGAGCGUGAGCCAAAGGCACACAGACAGCACUGAUCCUCCUCCCUAUACUCCACAGGGGCACCCCAGACCCAGAGAAGAACACCUAUCUACAACACACAGCGGCAGCUGAACUUCCAGAGAGGUCCGGCUGUGCAGAUACACACACUGCUCCAUCAGGAGGCUUCCACUCACAAKCUCACACUCUCACUAAGCCUGUCUCCCAGCCAACCACCUGAACCACCUGCUGGAUGUCCACUAUGGAAUCUCCGGGUCAGAAACGAGCCAGCCGCGGUGGGACUGCCACCCCACUCUCCCCAACCCGUAUCUCCCGCCUGCAGGAGAAGGACGACCUGUGCAACCUCAACGACCGGCUGGCCGUCUACAUCGACAAGGUGCGCUCGCUGGAGAUGGAGAAUGCUGGGCUGCGGCUGCGCAUCACCGAGUCCGAGACCGAGAUCAGCCGUGAGGUGACGGGCAUGAAGGCGGCCUAUGAGACGGAGCUUGCCGACGCCCGCAAGACCCUCGACUCGGUGGCCAAGGAGCGRGCCCGACUGCAGCUGGAGCUAGGCAAAGUCAAGGAGGAGUACAAGGAGCUSAAAYUCAGAAAUGGGAAGAAGGAGUCGGACCUGGAGGCAGCUCUGGCCCGGCUGAGGGAUCUAGAGGCUCUGUUGAACUCUAAAGAUGCCUCUCUGUCCACUGCCCUGGGGGAGAAACGCUCUCUAGAUGCUGAGAUCAGGGACCUGAAGGCCCAGCUAGCCAAGCUGGAGACCGGUCUGAGCGAUGCUAAGAAGCAGCUUCAGGAUGAGAUGCUGAGGAGAGUGGACGCUGAGAACCGCCUGCAGACCCUCAAGGAAGAACUGCAGUUCCAGAAGAACAUCUACGGAGAGGAGCUGAGGGAGUCCAAGCGCAGGCACGAGUCUCGCAUGGUGGAGAUUGACAGUGCAGGAACAAAGCAGGAUUAUGAGAGUAAGCUGGCCGAGGCCCUGAUGGAGCUGAGAGCCCAGCAUGAGGAGCAGGUCCGCAUCUACAAGGAGGAGAUCGAAAAGACCUACACCUCCAAGCUGGAGAACGCCCGUCACUCCGCAGACAGGAACAGUACCCUGGUGGGAGCGGCCCACGAGGAGCUGCAGCAGACUCGCGUGCGGAUGGAGGGCAUGUCCUCCCAGCUCAGCCAGCUGCAGAAACAGCUGGCGGCGAGGGAGGCCAGGGUGCGUGAGCUGGAGGAGUCCCUGGCCCGGGAGCGGGACAUGAUGCGCCGGCGCCUGGAGGACAAGGAGAGGGAGAUGGGAGACAUGCGCAUGCGGAUGCAGCAACAGCUGGAUGAAUACCAGGAGCUGCUGGACAUCAAACUGGCCCUGGACAUGGAGAUCAGCGCCUACCGUAAACUGCUGGAGGGAGAGGAGGAGAGACUGCGUCUGUCCCCCAGCCCUCCCCCAACCCGAGUCACCGUGUCCCGUACCACCGGCUCGGGCUCAGCACACACCCAUACCACCCGUACCUCGGGCUCAGGACACAGCCACAGCGCCCGAGUGGUCCAGUCCACCAGCAGCACCCGCAACUCCUCAGGCACGGCCAGCGCCAAGAAGAGACGGCUCAAUGACAACGACAGCGAGACCUCCAGCCUGGCGGGGGGCGCCGUGACGCGUACACGCAUCGCCCAGCAGGCCUCCGCUAGCGGCCGCGUCACCGUGGACGAGGUGGACCUGGAGGGGAAGUACGUCCGCCUCAGCAACAAGGCCAAUGAGGACCAGCUUCUGGGCCACUGGCAGGUGAAGAGACAGGUGGGAACCAGCACCCCCAUCAUCUACAAGUUCCCCCCCAAAUUCAACCUCAAGGCAGGACAAACCGUCACAAUUUGGGCUUCAGGAGCAGGCGGCACCCACAACCCCCCCUCAGACCUGGUGUGGAAGACCCAGAACUCAUGGGGCAGCGGAGACCUGUUCCAAACCACCCUGGUCAGCGCCAAUGGAGAGGAAAUGGCACAGAGGAAAGUUACACGCACCCUGUUCCAGGAAGAUGAUGACGAUGAUGGCAACCACAGUGCGUGCGGUGUGGACAGUGAGUACAACCUGCGGAGCCGCACGGUGGUCUGUGGCUCGUGUGGCCAGCCGUCUGAUAAGAGCUGUGCCACCUCAGGGGUGUCCAGUGGCUCCUGCUCCAUCAGCAGUGGAGGAGGUCUGCCUGAGGGCCUGAUGUCUCCCCUCUUUAUAAUGGGUAGCAACUCACCCAGACAGGGAGGUCCCAGACCGGAGAACUGCUCCAUCAUGUAAAGCCAGGCAGGCACCACCUCACCUGGACAAGUACCUCCCACACCACACAUGGAUGGGAGAUGCCUUUUUUUAAAUUACUUUUUUAUUUCCUUUGUUUCAUAUAUGAUCUGUCUUAUUUUGUAUGACAUAAUCUGCAGGUUAGAUUGCCUUUGGUGUUUGGCAAAGGGCUUAGGAGCUGUGUAUUCACUUCAGAUAUAUGAGCUUGUAUAUUCUAGUUAUUGCAUGUGGGCUGGGCAGAUGCUUUCACUGUUUAGGGCCAUAUCUAGGGAGAGAGGCACAGAAAGCACCUUUAACCAUUACAGUGGACUUUGCUCCAUAGUGGGCUUUUGCGUCAUGUCUAAACUGUCAACACUAAACACGCACAGCAGCAAACCCUGCUAUGAAUCAGUGGACAUGGGGGCUGGAACCAGGGAUCUCUGGCCUGGUAUUCCAAAUACACUACCAUAGAAUGUCCUGAAUAUCACUAAAUGGAGGUGGAGUUAACCCCCCCUGACCGCUAGAGGAUUAUGGGGGUUUGUAUUAGACUGAGCGAUGGGAUUGGUCAUUCUAAAGCCAUAGUUACAAAGAGGAGCUCAAACUUGACACUGCCAUCAAGUGGUUUAUAUUUCUGAACACAAGACAGUAGUUUUUCAUGGAAUGACAUACACACUAUAUUAUUACUCAUGAAACAAUCAGACAACUAUGGUAAUAUGGAUAUAGGUUCCAAAUUGUGACUUGUUUUCACAGGCUUGAAAGAGGUAUGUAGUUGUUAAAGAAAGGAAACCCAAACCAGAUGAGCACACACAUGGGGAAGACAAAGUACUACUGUAUUGUAAAGUUGAGUACGGUCUCGUUUGACCUCUGACCUCACCUUUGUCUUGUAUGACAAAACAGUUAUGCCACGCUUUUUUGUUUACGUAGUUGUACUGUAGGGCAACUCAUCAGAUCUAGACACAAAAAUAUGAUUUGUAGGGAUUCUUUUGCUUUUUGAAUCUGAGAUAAUUGCCAGAUGGAUUAUAGUAAUGUUACUGUAACCUUCUAAUGUUGAUUUUCCAUUUUUAGGUUUGAGGGAAUGGCAGCUUGAGAAAUAGAUGUUCUGGUUUGUCAGACUCUAAAGACAGAAAUUGUCUGAGUUGGAAGUGUGUUGAUUUAAAUGAAAGUACAAUGCUUACCUUCUCGUGACAGUAGUGCAACAAUGUGUACGUUCUGUAACUUUGUUUGUAUCAGGUGUAGUGUCAGAAAGAAUGGGUACAGAUAGAAAGUAAACCUUGGACAAGUAAGCCUGAGCCUGAAUGGCCCGUAGGGGUAGUUGGACUAUAUGGUAUUAUCUGGCCAAAAGUUUACUUUAUUAAUGAACUACACAGUAGGUCAGAAGAGAGUAUUUAACUUGAGAAGGAAACCUAAAUGAAACUUAAACCAUCUAUUCCUCAUAUGAUACCAAUUUUACAUUGACAUUCUCUGUAUUCAUGUAUUGUAGUCUUGAAACUAUUGUCCAGAGGCCUCUCUCCCACUAACGGAUUAUAAUGGCUGUGUUUUUCUGAGCUUAGUGACUUUUCUUUUGGGCAUGUUUAUUCUUUUUUUUGGGGGGGGGGGGGCUUCUUAUUUCUUUACAACUAUGUCAAAAAUGAGCUACAAUCAUCUACAAAGAUUUAUCCACUGCAUAUUAAUAGAGGCAUGUACACUAGUCUGGCAGCCUUUUUAUAGGAUGUAUAAGCAGUAAAGCUUUUCUGAGAAUACUUGAUACUUUUUGAAACAUUUAGUUUUUUUUGUACUUCAUACACAUUUCUAUCACUACCAAUUUGGAGAAAUUUUGAUUAUUCUCACUGCCCCAGACAUACCUUAGAGAAGCUCAAUAAUACUUUUUUACUAGACAUAUAUAUAUAUAUAAUUACUUUUGUCACUUUUCAAUAUUUCUUUUCUCAUCAUGUCUCAAGUGCCUUAUUGAUACCUGCUAGUGAUCAUUGGAAAUUAUGUAUUUUUUUUUGCAUUAUGAGGUGUCGAUUCCAAAGAUAUGCGAUAUUUUGUCUUUAAAGACAAUGGAAUUUAUAGAUUUUACAGAGUAUGUUGGCUAUAGUUGCAUAUUUGUACAGAAAUUGUCCUAUAAUGCUCAAUUGAAUUUGUAAGAAAUGAUUAUACCUAAUAUGGAAAAACCAUGCAAUCCAGGUAGAAUGUAUUAGUGAUGAUUUACCAGCCUUUUCUGUUCGAGAUGACACAAGUAAAAAUAUUUUCCCAACAAAUGCC